UGUCAGUGUGACAGCUGAUAGUCGGCCAUAUUUGUCUCACAAUUAUUUCAUUUCGUUCUUCGUUAGUUGAUAAUCAAGCUUUCUUUAGGAGUUUUUAGUUGUUGAAAUCUGUGAAUUUACUUAUUUUUAAGAAACAUUUCACAUCUAGAAACAAUCACCUGUGCUAAUUGUCAGAGGUUGACGAUAGUCACAAUGUCAAUAAUGAGGUGAUAGCAGUAACAAUCGUUUCUAGUGCCUACGUACUUCCUACAAUGAUUAAUCUUUUGGGGCAAGGUUCUUCAGUAUUUUGAGUAAAUUAGUACGAAUCGGCGUGACGUAUCGAACGCUGUAUGUUGUCAUCACGUGCCAGUGUAAACGCGAAGGCUCUCAGUGAAGGUUCUAAGGGUCGUAGUGCGUUCAAUUAUCGUGUACACAUAUUGCCGUAAAAGUGAUUUAGUUCAUUAAUUUGCAUCCUAUGGCCCUUGGUAGCAGUGUAGACCGUUCAUAAAGCCUAUAACAAUGGGUCCUAAGCCGCCUCCACCUCCAGGGCCUCCCCCGCCGCCAGGACCACCGCCUCCUCCGGUUUUUAGUGGAAAUUCGAAAACAUCUUCGUCAGAUAAUCGUGGUGCCUUGUUAAAAGAUAUAAGACAGGGUGCGAAAUUAAAAAAGACUGUUACUGUGGAUAAAAGUGGACCAUAUAUACCAGGGAAGGUGUCAAAUGUGUCAAACAGUGGUUCAGCAGUUGGAAAUGGUGUGCGGAGUGCAGCUCCCAUGCUGAAUGGUGGUGGUGGGCCGCCGGGACUUGGAGGACUGUUUGCAGGGGGGAUGCCAAAGUUGAGGCCCACUGGGAAAUUGACAGGCACCACGCCAAACGGGGUGAAAAGCGACGCGCCCCGCUACCCCCCGCCGCAGCAGCCCCCACAACCGCCGCAACCUCACAAGUUCUCCCCAGAGAGGUUCAGGCCUGGUAUCCCACCAGCUCCGCCGGGCAAUGUCAGCAGUCUCUCAGCGGCGUUGUCUGAAGCCAUGGCGGCCAGGGAACCUCCCUCCAGGGAACCUCCCGCCAGGCCCCCGGUUAAACGACAGCCAAGUGAUAUAAGGACAAGGGGGCCGCCGCCGCAGCCGCCCGUGCAGAAGUCACCGAUGCCUUUGAGCUCAUCAGACUCGGUGUUGACCGGUGGUUCGAUAUCCGAUCGCAUCACCAGCUUACACCAGCAGCAAUCUGAGCAAGCGAUACCGCAGCAUGUGGUCAGCACGCUGCAUAGAAACAAGAGCUCCUUACACUCUGCCGGCCAGGGGGCGCUUGGUGGCAGUAUGACGUCACUAUCCUCCGCGCCCCCCACCCCCACUCCGGCGCCGUCACUAUCCGCCUCGGACCUUUCGGAGCGGCCUCGACUCAGCUACGGAAAGCCCAACUUGGCUCCGAAGCCCCCAGCGUUGGCCGCGUCGCCAGUCACUGAGAAACCUUCGCCGCCGUUGAAGAAACUCAUGAUAAACGGGAAGGUAGCCUCCAGGACGCAGAGCAUGAGGGUGCCAAGAUCGCCUCCCGUGUCCCCGCCCUCCCCCCAGCCGGGCGGUAUGACGUCGCGCGGUAAUCUGCCGCCGACGCCUGUGCAUCCUCCCAUCGGCACAAAAGUACCCGCAAGUCAUUUCGGCACCCUCCGCGCGCCGCGUGGCCUGCGUCCACCGGGCGUGUCCCCCCCUCCCCCUCCGCCGGGCGCGCCCCCUCCCCCUCCUCCGGGCGCGCCGCCGCCGCCCCCCCCGCCGCCCGCGCGCAACCAAUCGCUGGCCGCGCCGCCGCCGCCUCCGCCGCACCACAGGCAGAACAGUAUCCAAAGCAUGAACGGCGAGGAGGCGGCCCCCGCGCCGCCCGCGCGCGGCUCGUCCAUGUCGGGGCGGCUGGAGCUGGAGGCGCGGUUCGCGGAGCUGUUCCACCCGCCCGCCCGGUUCCCGCCGCCGGACCCCUUCCUCAGGAUCACUAAGGGGUACAGCAGCACCUCCGUCGCUGCGAGCAAGGCGCAGGCGCCGCCGCCGCCCCUGCGCGUGCCGCUGACGGGCUGGUCGGGCACGUCGUCGGCGUGCUAGCGCGCGGCGGGGGCGCGCGCCCCCUGCCCCUCGCCCUCCCCCGCGCCCGGCCCCGCGCCCGCCG